AACAAUAGCAAUCAGCGAAAUUACCAGUUUCGCUUUCAAACUUGUGUACGGAACAUUUUCAUUUCAUUCGCAACGCAGCGUGCGCAAAGACAGCUAAGUAGCCGAAGAGCUUUAGACACGGUUUUUGUAUGCAGUUUACAAAAGUUGUGCCAAAUUGUUCGUCCUUAAAACACGAAGAACUAAUAUCUAUGUAUAUGCGUGUAGUGCAAAAGUGUUAGUGUUAAUCAAAAAUCAAAAUAUAAAAUAUUUCAUUGAUAAAUUCCAAAAGAGACACUCAAGCAAUGAAACCCGCGGAUUUGAAUGAGCAAUAUGCACGCUUUCCGGAAAUCUCACGCGAUGAGAUGAAGAAAUUCGUCAAUUGGAUACACGCGCAACCGCAUAUGCAAAAUUUGUCCGAAGAGGCCGCGCUGCACUUCUUUCACGCCUCCAUGAACAGCAUGGAAAUGGCCAAACAGGUGCUGGAUACCAAUCUAACGGUGCGCACACAUUGCGAGGACUUCUUUACGAAUCUGGACUGUGAGCGACCGGAGCUGCAGCGAGCCAUGCGAACAGUCUCAAUUUGUCCGUUACCACAGACCACACCUGAGGGUUAUCGCGUUAUAAUCGGGAAGUUAGCCGAUACAAACGCUUCGAAUUUCAAUUUUGUGGACUGCAUGAAACUUUACUGCAUGAUUUUCGAUAUGUGGAUGUGCGAAGAUGGCAUACGUCCGGGACACAUUAUGGUUAUGGAUUUAAAGGGUGUCACCUUGGGGCAUGUGGCACGCAUUGGCAUAUUUCAGAUGAAAAAGUUUCUCUUCUAUUUACAGGAAGCUGCCGCGAUACGUCUGAUUGGUUUCCAUUUCAUCAAUAUUGUACCGUUUAUGGAUAAAAUUUUGGCACUCAUGACACCGUUUAUGAAGAAGGAGCUAACCAGUAUACUAUAUGUACACAACAACUUGGAAGAUUUUUUCAAAUUUGUACCACAAUCUAUAUUGCCCAAAGAUUACGGCGGCACAGAGUUGGAGUGUGUGGAAUUCAGAGAAACCGUUUACGCCAAGCUCAAAGAAAAUCGCGAGGAAAUGUUGCAAUUUGAAAAACGUCACCAAGUAAAUGAAAAAUUGCGUCCGGGAAAACCAAAAAAUGCCUCAGAGCUGUUCGGUAUUCAAGGGAAUUUCAAGAAAUUGGAUAUUGAUUAAUAUUAUUGAAUUUAACAAUAAAUUUAAUCUUUAAUUUAUAAUUAUUUUGCAGUUAUCUGGAAGUAUUCUUUAGAAAUAUGGUGUUAUUUUUAAAACUUAUAGUUAAUAAGAUUAACAACAAAAUAAAAUAAAUAAAAUUAACAAA